AUGGAAUGCGUCGGCUAUAGGUUCUUCUCGUCGUCGUUGCUGUUCGCAUUCGACGCCGAUGCAGCGGAUUCGACCACAGACGAUGCCAUUCGGUUACGGCUCAUCGACUUUGCCCAUUCAACUCUGCCCGGAUUUGCGCAGGUGAAUAAUAGAUCGUGUCUAAAAGGCGGAAAUGUCCCCAUAGAAGUCGGCUGA